AAGAAAGUGGCGCCAAACGGAAGGAAGAGCAGUCAACGAUUCAAUUCAGUUUCUCUCUGUGAUCGAUUCCAUGAAUGGAGCUCACUCCCAUGGCGGAUUCGCAGCCCAGUUCGAACAUUUUCAGCAUUCGAAUCGUGUCCAUCGACUACUACAUGGCGCCACCACUCCCCGGCGUCGAUAUCUGCUACAGCAGCUUUCAAGGUGAAAAAGUAAAUGAAGUUCCGGUUAUAAGAGUAUAUGGCUCGACACCAGCUGGUCAGAAGGCUUGCUUGCACGUGCAUCAGGCUUUACCCUACUUGUAUGUGCCAUGCGCAGAUAUUCCACUUCCUCUGACAAUGGAAGGGGAUUCUUACACACACGGUGUAUCUCUUGCCAUCGAGAAGGCACUGAAGCUGAGAGGAAAUGCUGCUGCAAAAAGACAGCAUGUACAUGGUUGCAGCCUAGUCCGAGGAAGGAGAUUUUAUGGGUAUCAUGCAUCUGAAGAGCUUUUUGUCAAGAUAUACCUCUACAAUCCACAUGAUAUUGCACGUGCUGCCAAACUUCUACUGGCAGGUGCUGUUUUUGAUAGAAGCUUGCAACCGCACGAAUCACAUAUUCCUUAUCUUCUUCAAUUUCUGGUGGAUUACAACUUAUAUGGGAUGGGUCAUCUGCAUGUCACUAAGAUGAAAUUCCGAAAUCCUAUACCAGUUUCUUUCUCCUCAAAACUAUUUAAUGACAGCAGCCAGCUGAGUCAGGAGAAUAAUAACUCUGCAUCCCAACAGGCAGAUUUAAUUGAUGGUGCAAAUUUGAAGGCACCUAUCUGGGUAACUUCCACGAUUCCAGGAAAUUGGAGAUGGCAGAUUUCUGGUGAAUACGAGACUCUAUCAGAUCAAACAACUGAUAGGGUCAAACGUCAGAGUGUUUGUGAACUUGAAGGGGAUGCUGCUGUAGAUGACAUUGUUAAUCGGCAAUUUAAGACAUAUACAUCUCUUUCACAAGCUUGUUCAGAUGUGAAAAUGGUUCAGUCACUAGUGCCUAUUUGGGAGGAGGAGUUUGAAAGGACAGGGAUGCAUGAGGCAGCAAUACCUCCUGAUCCAGGAAAACCACCUGCUGAACAUGUCCUCAAAGUUAUGUCACUUGGCCUCGAAUUGGAAGACAAAUUUAUGGAAUUGUGUUAUCAAGCUGAAAAUGUUUUGACUCCAGAGCAAUCAAGGUCUGUGGGCUCAACACCACUUUCGUCUGAUGAGAGAAAAUUGAUUGAUUUCCCUGAUGCAAAUUUAAGUUCCAAGUAUGGGGAACUGCACCACUGCAAGGAAAAAGAUGAUUCUGAGUUACCAAAAGAUUUGUCUCUUGAAUAUAAACCAGGGUCAACACCAACCCGAGGGAAAGCUUCGCACCAUGGAUCAUUUUCACAUGAGAAUAAGUUGUCUCAAUUGACAGAGAUAACAAAGCAGAAGGCUGCUGAUCAGGAAGCGCUCAGUCUUUUGAAGUGGCUUGCCACAUCUCAGGCAGCGGAAGACAUAAACUCUGAUGAUGAACUUGCUCAAGAGAUCAUUCUUAGCCCCCUUUUGCCUACAACCACUGUUGAAAAGGUACUAGAGAAAGCUACUAUGGAUUAUGAGAGGGAGUCUCAACAAGAAUGUCAGGACAUUCUCGAUUCUGUUGAUGAUUUCAGUGACUUAGAGGAUCUCAAGGAAAAAGUAGAUAGUAAUUAUACUGGACCUUCACCCAAGAAAAGAAUACCUCAAGUGGAUGGAUCCUGUGAUGAUCUUUAUUCACCUCCUUGUAGUGAAUCAGCAGAACCUUCAUCUGAACUUGGGAAGAAGAAUGAACAUGAGAAAGAUUCACAACAGCAAGCUUUUCCUCAUGCUGGAAAGAGUUCUAGUAAAAAGAAAAUGAAGGGUUCAUCAUGGGGCAGCUUGCCCUUCUCCACUACUCCAAAGGAGGUUGACAACUUAGGAACCGAGAAUUGUGUCAUGAAUGAUGGAUCGUCAAGUGGAGACAAAGAUAAAAAUGUUGUAUGCUCGAACUUGUACAAUCAAAACAGGGCAGGAAAUUGUCUUGAAGUUUCAACUGAAAAAUUAGCAUCGCCUCUCGCCCAUUCAAUAUCUUCCACUACACAUGAUGGAUGCUCGGUCCGGGAUUUGAUGAGAAAAAGACGGAGCUAUCGCUUUGAAUCAUAUGCUUCUUACGCUGAACGGGAGAGAGAUUUAUCUUCAUUCCCUGAAAGCACAGAUUUAUCUAAUUUUCUAGACGAAGAAGGCGGUGUUAUGGAGUUAAUGUCAUGUCCUGACAAAGGGAAUGAGUGGACUGAAGUUCGUGGUGGAGAACUAACAACUUUAUCUAGAAAUGGGAUCUCCUUCCAUGCUGGCACCACAAUAACUGGAAAGUUUGAUCCUUCUGCUAACUUCGAUCAAAAGUCCGAAACAGUGCCAGAUGCUGGAUCUCAGGAACUGAAGCUGACAGAGCCCUAUUAUGUCUGUCCAUUGAAAGAACAUUCUCAAUGGCCCUUAUCAAAAAUGCAAAAUCUUCAACUCCCAACUGAGCUUCGGAAAACUUACGGAGAAGGGUCUACCUUUAGCAAUAAAUCAAAAACUGAUGUCUCUUUUGAAAAACCUAGUAAAGUUCUACCGAAAAUAGAGUUUGCUUCCAGAAGCUCUCUUGCAUCUGAAUUGUUUCGUAAAGAUGUGUGCCAUGAUGAUAUUCACUGUGAUGAUCGAACUUUGAGGGCAUGUUCAAGUUCAAUGCUCUUUGAGAAUCUUGUUUGCCCAAAUAUUGCAAAUAAAGCAACAAUGGAAGUGGAUUCUAGUUGUGACGAGCAAAAAGUGGGGGUGGCUGCUGGUUUAUCAGCUGCUGGCACAGCAGUAUCUGCUGCUUUGGACGUAGCGGACAAAUCAUCACCCUUAAUUAGCAUGGCCUUCCAUGAGAAACCGCCCAUUGUGGACUGGAAUGAUGAGGCAUCUGAAAAGGUUGCAUUUGCUAAAGCUAUAGAUUACCACUCUGCUCUUGUAAAAGGGAAUUCUUACAAACAAUUUUCAGGAAAAGCUUUGGAUGAAAUUCCUUCAUUUUUUGAGGGUGGCUUUCAAGAAGCCAAAGAACUUUGGAAUAAUAGCCUUACAGGGGUUGAGCCAAAUAGCCAUCAGGAAGUUGUCAUGGGUGUACCCACCCACUAUCUGAAUGAUGGUUCAUUCCUAUAUUUAUUGACUCCUGUAAUUUCACCGCCUUCAGUUGAUAUUGUAAGCAACUGGCUUUCCAGUGAUGAAGGUGUGUCUUGUAAAACAAGGGCACCUCUGAUGGAGUCUUCACCUUUGAGAGGAUCUUACGACUCUCCAGCGGUUGGUUCACAAGGAUCUUCUUGUGAAGAUCACGCUGGGACUGUGCCUGGACUCAGUUCUCCACAUCCUGCCAAGCCUGCAAGGAAAACUGUUCAUUGCAGGGAAGAAGGAAAUGUUAGUGCACAUGCAGAAACACUUAAUAGUGGAUCCAAAAUCAAGUUGCAGAGUGAUGAAAGCACCACAAAAGUGAAAGCACAUGAUCAUUAUUCCCAAGACAUUUCACAGAUCUCAGGUCCAGUUGGAAAAUCAGGGUAUACACCUCUCAGUCAGUUAGGAUUUCGAGAUCCUGCUAGUGUUGGUGCUGGGCAACAACUAACAAUUUUGAGUGUUGAGGUACAGGCAGAAUCCAGGGGAGAUCUGCGUCCUGAUCCUCGCUUUGAUGCCGUCAAUGUUUUAACUCUUGCUAUUAUGGCUGAUGAUGAUCCUCUCUCUGUGAUUUAUGUGCUUCUGCAUUCUAGAACUGAAUUUUAUCCAAGGAGUUGUGAUGGAUUGGCUGACUGCAAGGUCCUAGUUUUCCAAGAGGAAAAGCAUUUGUUUCUCCAUUUCACAAAGCUGAUAAGCGAAUUCGAUCCAGAUAUAUUGGUAGGUUGGGAUGUUCAAGGAGGUUCUAUUGGAUUUUUGGCUGAACGGGCUUCGUAUCUUGGUAUUGGAUUGUUGAAUCUACUGUCACGAACCCCCUCGGAAAAUAAGAUGGCUGCUGGGGAUGCUGAACACCUUGAUAAGGGACUGCUUGAACAUAUCCCUGCUGAUUCUUUGAUAGCUGAUUCUGGUCUGGUAGAAGAAGCUGUUAUUGAGGAUGAGUGGGGUAGAACACAUGCCAGUGGUGUUCAUGUUGGUGGACGAAUCGUCCUUAAUCUCUGGCGAGUGAUGCGUUUUGAAGUUAAGCUCAAUAUGUAUACACUUGAAGCUGUGUCUGAAGCAGUUCUGAGACAAAAGAUUCCAUCUAUACAGCAUAAGAUACUGACCAAAUGGUUUUCUAGUGGUUCUGGACGUGCAAGAUACCGCUGUAUAGAGUACUUGAUAAAGAGAACAAAGUUAAAUCUUCUGAUCAUGAAUCAACUUGACCUGGUGAAUCGAACAUCAGAACUUGCUCGUGUCUUCGGCAUUGACUUCUUCUCUGUUCUCUCUCGAGGCUCUCAAUACCGCGUUGAAUCUAUGCUUUUAAGAUUGGCACAUACACAAAACUAUGUUGCCAUUUCUCCUGGGAGCCAACAGGUUGCUUCACAGCCUGCAAUGGAAUGUCUUCCCUUAGUAAUGGAACCAGAAUCCGGUUUCUAUGCAGAUCCUGUGGUUGUUUUGGAUUUUCAGUCUCUUUAUCCAUCUAUGAUAAUCGCAUACAACCUUUGCUUUUGCACAUGCCUGGGUAAAGUUUCACCUUCUAAGGCAAAUACACUUGGAGUUGCUUCGUAUUCACCAGAUCCACAUGUCCUGAGAGACUUGAAAGAUCAAAUAUUUCUCGCGCCAAAUGGUGCCAUGUAUGUGCCUCCCCAGGUUCGUAAGGGCAUACUUCCUCGUUUAUUAGAGGAAAUAUUGUCAACAAGGAUCAUGGUAAAACAAGCAAUGAAGAAAUUGGCUCGUUCCCAACAAGUUCUUCACAGGAUUUUUAAUGCGAGGCAACUUGCUCUAAAGCUAAUAGCCAAUGUGACAUAUGGGUACACUGCCGCUGGUUUUAGUGGCCGGAUGCCUUGCGCGGAGCUUGCUGAUAGUAUUGUUCAAUGUGGUCGUCGAACACUGGAGAAUGCAAUCUCCUAUGUCAAUGCACACACUAAAUGGAAUGCCGGAGUUAUCUAUGGUGAUACUGAUAGCAUGUUUGUGCUCCUAAAAGGGCGUUCUGUCAAGGAAGCUUUUCGAAUUGGCCAGGAAAUUGCCUCUGCUAUAAGUGCAAUGAAUCCAGAUCCAGUUACUUUGAAGAUGGAGAAAGUCUACCAUCCUUGCUUUCUCCUCACCAAGAAACGUUAUGUUGGUUACAGCUAUGAGAGUCCUGACCAGGUGGAACCCAUAUUUGAUGCCAAAGGCAUUGAAACAGUACGUAGAGAUACGUGUGUGGCCGUUGCCAAAGCAAUGGAGCAGACCUUGAGACUCUACUUUGAAAACCAAGACAUUUCAAAGGUGAAAGCAUACUUAUACCGUCAAUGGACAAGAAUUCUCUCCGGUCGGGUUUCUCUUCAGGAUUUUGUUUUUGCAAAGGAAGUUCGCUUAGGCACAUACAGCACAAGGUCUUCUUCUUCUUUGCCACCAUCAGCAAUUGUUGCUACAAAGGCAAUGAGAAUCGACCCUAGGGCAGAGCCUCGCUACGGAGAACGAAUACCUUAUGUGGUCGUCCAUGGAGAGCCUGGGGCCCGCCUUGUGGACAUGGUGGUUGAUCCGUUGGAACUAUUGGCCCUGAACUCCCCCUUUCGCUUGAAUGGGGUAUACUACAUAACUAAGCAGAUAAUCCCAGCGCUGCAGCGGGUAUUUGGACUCGUUGGAGCUGAUCUGAACCAGUGGUUCUUGGAGAUGCCCCGUCCUACAAGGGAAAAUCUCGGAAAACGGCCCCUUAACCCCUGGAACCCACAGCGAGCGAGAAUUGAUUACUACUAUCUUUCGAGACAUUGCGUGCUUUGUGGUGAGCUGGUUCCUACUUCGAUGCAUUUGUGCAGCAAAUGUUCACAGAAGAGCGAUGUAGUAUCAGCUGCUCUUACUGGGAAGACCUCGAAGUUGGAGAAAGAGAUGCACCAUCUUGCUGCUAUUUGCCGACACUGUGGGGGAGGAGAUUGGGUAUUGGAGAGUGGGGUGAAGUGCACUUCACUCGCGUGCUCAGUGUUCUACGAGCGGCGGAAGGUUCAGAAAGAGCUGCAGAGUCUCUCUGCUGUGGCCACUGAAGCUGGCUUUUAUCCGAAAUGUGUUCUGCACCGUCUUUGCUUCCAUGGCCUCUCUCCGUUGCCUUGAACACUAACCUCUCUUCUUCCUCUCGAAAUGGCACGAAGCCCUCUCUGUCUUCUUCUCCUCAGACGCCUCUCCGCAUCCCCUCAAAACUGUAGACCCUGCUCGUACUGUCAUCUUCAUUCCAACCGAGGUCUCGGCCACGCCAUUUCCAAGCCCUUCUCCACCGCUCCAUCGGCGCCCUCCCCGGACCCGCCAAAACCCGCCAAUCUCUCCGCCCGGCUCAGCUUCGUGUUCGACCAAAUUGAUGCGAUCGAGCGCGAGCGCUACCAGAAGGACCAUACCCUCCAACGAAUCCGCGCUUGGCGCGAAUCCAAGAAUGCCCAAAUCGCCAGUAGCCAGAGCACAGAACCAGGGGUGGAUACCCCCGGGAACGAUACCCCGAAGGAAUAUGAGCAGAAUCGUUCUCUCUCGGGCGAGUCGACCAGGAUGGAGUCACAGGCGGGUAGCAAGAGUGAGGUGGAGCUGGUGCACCCAUGGCCCGAGUGGAUUGAGCUGAUGGAGAGGCUGGUCCAGCAGAAUUACUUUGACCAUAAGAGGAGGGAUGAAGGCAAGAUGGUCAGUGCCUUAGGUUUCGACGUGGGAGAGGAUGUCGGGGCCGAUGAAGGCUUGGAUUUCACCAAGGAUCUUAAGACUGUUCAGACUGCUGGUUUGAACUUCGGGAAGGACCGGUUCGACAUACUGAGGUCACUGUCGAGACAGGAUAUUCAAAUCUUGGUCGGUUAUGGAUGCCCCAGUGCUGAUAAGAAGGUGGUUUUCUCAGCAAAACUACUAAGGAAGCACGUCCACCUCGAUGAAGGAGAUAUCUGCAGCUCCUGUAGUUUAAGAAGCACAUGUGAAAGAGCAUUCCUUAUAACGAACAAAGAGGAUGAGGCACGGACUAUUGACAUUAUGCGAGUUCUCAUGGCAUUUGGGUUUGAUCACAUGCAUGGGACAGUAACGAACGAGUCUGUCUUGAAACAAAAAUCGGUGAAGACUGUUGUUCGGAAGUUGCUUUAUGAGGUCGUGAAGUUAGGCUCAGUCCCAAUUGAUCCGAAUCUUCCACCUCCGAUCAUCAAAAAGCCUCCUCCAAAGGUGAAGCAACCUCCUCCGCCUCCAAAGAAAAGAGUUGGACGAGAUGAUGUUGAGAUGAAGAAAGGAGAUUGGCUGUGUCCUAAGUGCGAUUUUAUGAAUUUUGCGAAGAACACAGUGUGCCUGCAAUGUGAUGCAAAGCGUCCGAAGAGGCAACUGCUUCCUGGAGAAUGGGAAUGCCCGGAGUGUAACUUCUUAAACUACAGGAGAAAUGUGGUUUGCUUCCAUUGUGAAUGCAAGAGACCGCCUGACCAGUUUAUGGAGGACAGGUUGCAAGAUACAAAACGAAACCCCAGGACGACGAGGUUGGAGAAAACUGCCCGGAGGACAGAGAUCUCUAAUGCAUGGAACUUUGAUUUCGAUGAUGACGAAUCUGAUGGAGCGGAUGUUGCAACCUUUGAGCAUGCAGACUCUUCUAUUGUAGGUAAAGAUUCUCCAUUGGACAAGGAUUUCAAAGGCCCUGAAGAAGAUUUUCAUAGGGGCAGUAGGUUCUCAAAGGGCUAUGGUGGGGAAUAUAUCGAUUCUGAGAGGAAAGGAUCUUCAGUUGGUUUUGAUGAUUUUGACGAGGAAGAUGAUGAUGAUGUGGAUAGUUACGAACUGGAAACUGCCAGAAACAAUGUGCCUUCUCGUGACUUCUCAGAGUUUGAACGGGACUCGGAUAUGGAGGAUGGAGGAUUAGACAGUGAUGAAUUGCUGAAUCAUAGUAGAGCACAGACCCGUUCUUCUCUCAAUAAGCCAUCAAAAUCCAUGCGCCAAAGGGCAGCAUUCUCAGUUUCUGAUGAAGGCGAGUCUGAUUUCGGGUCAGAUGAGGAUCUCUCAGUCCAUCCGGACUGGAGAUCGAGUCAUGUUGCAGAUUCUGGUAGUAGAGCUGGAAGCCAAGGUUCACAGUCGAGGAGGAGACUGAGCUAUGGAUCGGAUGAGGAACUUGGGCUAGAUUCAGAUGAUGAUGACUUAGGUGAUAGAUUUGGGUCAAGAAAAAAUAGGUCGAAUAACUUCUCAGGUAAAAGGCGAGAGAGCUCGCGUCUGUUUUCCGCUUCAGAAGAAUCAGACGAUGAUAACUUUAGUUCUCGUAAGAGCAGGUUAAAGGGGAGUAAGGGAGGAGGCGGAGACAAAAGGCGAGGAAGCAAUUUCAAAGGCAGUGAGUCCCGUAACUUAAGAUCGAGAUCAAGCAGCGGGAUGGGGAAUCAGAAGAGGAGUUAUAUGGACAAUGAUUUCGACAUGGGCCAUUCAAGAGGCUCCCGUGGAGGCAACAGAGGGGAAGGCUCUGGAGGAUUUGAAUUCCGUACGCGGAGAGGGGAUCAGACGAAGAGAGAUGGACGCGGUUCAGGGAGUUUCGGGGGUCACAGGGAUGAAGACAGGUUUGGGAGAAGGCAGGGAGGGAGGUUCGGGAAAUAUAAUGACGAGAGGGGCGGCGAUGAUGAUUUUAGAAACAAGCGACGUGUUAUUGAACGGUAAAGCGCGCAAUAAAUUCUGUCGAAACUCGCAUACACGUAAAGGCUUCUUGCCGAGACAUGGAGAACCCGAAAGAGAGCAGCUGAUGCACAUACAGUGGUGCUAAUCCUUUGCAGUUGUAACUUAUUUGGGUUUUGUUUUCCCUGUAUUAUUAACAUGGCAAUUGUCAGAUUACACAUAUUUGAGGUUUAGAUAUAUAAAUAAUGGAUUAUGAUGAUCGGGAGCA